AUGACCGAAAACACUGCUCCAGUGAUAGCGAUGGCGAAUGUCGAGGGUGGUGGACAUGGAAAUGGUGGUUGUUGGUGGUGGAAGAAGUUUUCCGUCAUGUUCGCCGGCCACCUCGGAGACGCUGAACUCGCCGCCUCUAACCUCGCUAACUCCUGGGCCACCGUCACCGGACUCUCUUUCAUGGUAGGGUUAAGUGGGGCACUAGAGACAUUAUGUGGGCAAGGAUUUGGAGCAAAACUUUACAGAAUGCUUGGAAUAUAUCUACAAUCAUCUUGUUUAAUUUCCAUCUUCUUCUCCAUUCUCAUUUCAAUUCUCUGGGUUUUUACUGAACCCAUUCUCAUUUUACUUCAUCAAGAUCCAAAAAUCUCAAAAAUGUCUGCUCUUUACAUCAAGUAUCUUAUCCCAGGACUAUUUGCUUAUUGUCUUUUACAGAACAUUUUGAGGUUUCUCCAAACACAAUCCAUUGUAGCCCCUUUAGUAAUCUUUUCACUAAUCCCACUAAUCCUCCAUAUUGGCAUUACUUAUGUACUUGUACGUGUAACUUCCCUAGCUUUCAUUGGAGCCCCAAUCGCAGUUUCAAUUUCAUUAUGGAUUGCAGUGAUUAUGCUAGCAGGAUAUGUCCUUUUUUCCAAAAGGUUUAAAGAAACAUGGAAUGGUUUUUCAAAGGAGUCAUUUAAACAUGUUCUAACUUGUUUAAAGCUUGCUCUUCCUUCUGCUGCUAUGGUUUGCUUAGAAUAUUGGGCUUUUGAGAUACUUGUGUUGCUUGCUGGGAUUUUGCCAAAUUCUGAAAUAACAACUUCGCUGAUUGCAAUGUGUGUAAAUACAGAAGCAAUCGCGUUCAUGUUUACAUGCGGGCUCAGUGCUGCUGCAAGCACACGUGUGUCAAAUGAGCUUGGAGCUACAAAUAUCAAAAAAGCUAAACAAGCCAUGGCUGUGACCUUAAAGCUUUCCUUCAUUCUUGCACUUGCUGUUGUUUUAGCAUUGGGAUUUGGUCACGAUAUCUGGGCUGGAUUAUUUAGCGAUAGUCGUGUGAUUAUAAAUAAAUACGCUUCCAUGACACCAUUUUUGAUGAUCUCAAUCGUUUUUGAUUCCAUCCAAGGAGUCCUAUCAGGAGUGGCGAGGGGAUGUGGUUGGCAACAUCAUGCUAUGUAUAUAAAUUUAGCAAUGUUUUAUCUUAUUGGGAUGCCGAUUGCUGUUGCUCUUGCUUUUUUUGUGAAAUUAUAUGCAAAGGGGUUGUGGAUAGGAUUGAUAUGCGGUCUCUCGUGUCAAACCGUUGGUUUAUUACUACUUGUGUAUCUCAAAAAAUGGACGCAAGUGGAAUUGAAGGAUGGUGACAGUUUUGGUGACCCGAUUCCUGUUUGACCAAGUGUUUGUGUUUUUAGUUGAACUGAUAAGAUUAAGAAAAUUGUAUACAAACUCAGUUUUAUGAUU